UCAUUUUUCGUCAUGGAGCUACUUGGAGAGGUUGGCCUUCGGGACCCUCAUCUGCUGCUUCCCAGGGGCUUCUGGACGGCCGUGAACGUGUGGCUGGAGAAGCCUCAGGUGGCAAAUAAGCGGCUGUGUGGCGCUCGCUUGGAGGGUGUCUGGCGGGUAGCCCGGCCUCGGCUCGGGAAAGAGAGCCCCGGAAGGGCCAGCACCGUCGGGACUGCCCUAGGCACCGGGCCGUCGGUGCUGGAGGCUGCUUGGGAAGCUUUCUGCUACCGCUGCUGCCGCCGCCGCGAGGACUAUGAGGCACUCGGUCUCGAAGGCCCCGCGGAGGAGGCGCUAGAGGUGGUGCUCCGAACCCUCGUGCCCAAAGGCAGUGGUGCCGCGCCCGCUCAGGAGAUGGUAGUCAAAGAUAUCUUUAAUGGGAUCGUGACCUUUUUGCCGUUGGUGCAAUCCGAUGAAGGGAAAUACAAUGUGAAGCAGUGCAAUGCUUAUCAAGUUCGGCUUCUGCAUAUGCAAGAUAACGAAUGGUCUAUGUCAAUGUUAUCAUCACCUUCAGAAAACUAUAUUUCAGAUGGACUUGUAUACCCUAAAACAACUUGGCUUGGAAGUGAACUGCUGUCAAAACUGGUUAAAUGGUCCACAGAGACCACCGAAAGUGAAUUUAAGAAUACACUUUCUCUCAUUUCUGUGGCUAGAUACAGCAAAAUGUACCAAGAUCUAAAGGAAAAGUACAAAGAGAUUGUAAAGGUAUGGCCUGAAGUAACAGAUCCUGAAAAGUUUGUAUAUGAGGAUGUUGCUAUAGCUGCAUAUCUGCUGAUCCUUUGGGAAGAUGAGAGAGCUGAGAGAGGGUUGUCUGAAAAACAGUCUUUUGUGGAUCUUGGCUGUGGAAAUGGUCUCCUGGUUCACAUAUUAAGCAAUGAGGGGCAUCCAGGCAAAGGAACUGAUGUCAGAAGAAGAAAAAUAUGGGACAUGUAUGGACCACAGACACAUUUGGAGGAAAACACAGUUAGUCCAAACAAUCAGUAUCCAGAUGUUGACUGGCUAAUUGGAAAUCAUUCUGAUGAGCUGACACCAUGGAUACCUGUAAUUGCAGCCAGGUCUUCCUAUUCUUGUCGCUAUUUUCUGUUGCCUUGCUGCUUCUUUGAUUUCUAUGGAAAAUACAACCGAAGGCAAAGUAAGAAGUCCCAGUAUAGAGAAUAUCUUGAUUUUGUUACAGAAGUGGGCUUUGUAUGUGGUUUUCAUGUGGAAGAAGAUUGCCUUAGAAUUCCUUCAACAAAAAGGGUGUGCUUAAUUGGGAUGUCCAGAACAUAUCUAGCAACACAGGAUACUGUACUUGAGGAACGGAGAGCACAAUAUAUCAAUAGACACCAAUCCUGCAGCAUAGUGGCACCAGAUCCAAUGGGUGGAUUUCAUCAAAAUGACUGUCCUCCAAGUACCAGCAGUGUCGCUUGCCUAAUAGCAGAUCCAGAAAUAUCUCAAAAGGCAGAUGUGGGGAAACUCUUAAUGUCAGGAUUUCUGCCCAGGGGAAAAGAGCAAGUGAGAAACUGCACUACUCUCCCACAGGAUUUUGUAGACAAAAUGGCUUUGAAGGUAGCAAAAUUGUUGUUAAAUGAAACCGAAGAGAGUCUGCAUGAAACUUCCAAAACAUGGAAUCGAGGAGAGAGUCUCGCCUUGAGUGAAAUCAUAGAGCAUUUUGACAAGGAUACUUUAAAAAGGCUUAAGAAUGAAUAUGGAGGCCUGCAAACCUUGCUCAGAAACAAUCAUCAAGUGUUUGAAGUUCUAAAUGGGAAAGUUCAUAUUCGUGACUGGAGAGAAUGGAAGCCAUCAAAGAAAAACAAGCCAGGGAAGCAGAUUAAGCAAAGACGUCCUUCAGAAGCAUUUAAAACACGUCAAUGUUGGUUUUAUAUUCACCAUCCUCAGGGCUGUCCUUUGUCUUCUGAAUCUUGUUGUUAUGCUCAUGGGACUGAGGAGCUGAAGCCAUCUCUGACAGUGCUAAAGAAAAAUAAUGGCAAGCAAUAAAGGAGUUGCAAGUUAAAUUUAAGCUACUUGGAUGGAUUUCUGUACAGUUAGAAAGAGCAUACAUCUUGAUUAUACAAUGGUGACAUUUAUGUUUUGUUCCAUUUUAUGCCUGUUCUUCACUGUGAUCCCCUCUGUGGAAGGACAAUAAAGAUUUUUAAAUCUGUUCUUGGAA